CGCUGCACCGACCGAGGCCACAGCUGGCAGCACCGAGCGCGGACACACCGAUCCUCCUCCGAGCCUGCACGAGGGACUCCUGCACGAAUAAUAAUAAUAAUAAAAAUAAAAAAACGUUUACCGGACGAGGAGUGAGCGCGCGCACACCGUCACGGGGGUUUUGGACGUUUUGCACGCGGUGAUCCGGCUCCUGAAAUGCGGCCAGCAGCAGCACCGUGAGUCCGGCUCGGUGGAAGCGCUCGGUCGGUCGCUGCAUGGCUCUUCCCGGGGAUGCCAUGAAAAUCACAACAGCCGACUGAGACACAGAGACAGACCCUGCACGGCGGCGGUGGUGUUGGUGGUGUUGGUGGUGGUGGUGGUGUUUGUGGUGGUGAGCGAUGGAUGCUGGUGCAAAGAUCCACAUUAGGUAGCGUUUAACGGGGAUCUGCUGCACAGUGCACUCGCUGUCUGAAGGAUGGAUUUCAGCCUGCUCCGGAACAUCAUCAGCAGAUACUGUGUGGGAGAGGAGAUCUGGGUGGACAGUCGGACGGUAUACAUCGGGCAUAAAGAACCCCCUCCGGGAGCUGAGGCCUACAUCCCUCAGCGUUACCCCGACAACCGCAUCGUCUCCUCCAAGUACACCUUCUGGAACUUCAUCCCCAAGAACUUGUUUGAGCAGUUCAGAAGAAUCGCUAACUUCUACUUCUUGGUCAUUUUUCUGGUCCAGCUUAUCAUCGACACCCCCACCAGCCCAGUCACCAGCGGCCUGCCCCUCUUCUUUGUUAUCACUGUCACCGCCAUAAAACAGGGCUACGAGGACUGGCUCAGACACAAGGCUGACUGCUCCAUAAACGAGUGUCCGGUGGACGUGGUGCAGCAGGGGAAGGUGGUGAGGACACAGAGUCACAAGCUACGGGUGGGGGACAUCGUCGUGGUGAGGGAGGACGAGACUUUCCCCUGUGACCUCAUCCUGCUCUCCUCCAGCCGCCAUGAUGGGACCUGCUACGUCACCACCACCAGCCUGGACGGGGAGUCUAGUCACAAGACCUAUUAUGCUGUACCAGAUACCAUGGCCUUUAGAACGGAGCGGGAGGUGGAUUCGCUACAUGCCACUAUUGAAUGUGAACAACCGCAGCCUGACCUCUACAAAUUUGUGGGACGCAUUAAUAUUUACACGGACAAAGAAGAGCCUGUGGCGAGAACGCUCGGGGCUGAGAAUUUGCUCCUUAGAGGAGCCACACUGAAGAACACACAACAUAUUUAUGCUGUUGCAGUCUACACUGGUAUGGAGACUAAGAUGGCGCUCAAUUACCAGUCGAAAUCUCAGAAGCGCUCCGCUGUGGAAAAGUCGAUGAACGCCUUUCUCAUCGUGUAUCUGUGCAUCCUGAUCAGUAAAGCUGUGAUCAACACUGUUCUGAAAUACGCCUGGCAGUGGUCGCCUGACCGAGACGAGCCGUGGUACAACCACAGGACUGAGAACGAGCGCCAGCGUCAUGUGGUGAUCCGAGCGUUCACAGACUUCCUGGCCUUCAUGGUCUUAUUUAAUUACAUCAUCCCUGUGUCCAUGUACGUGACGGUGGAGAUGCAGAAGUUCCUGGGCUCCUAUUUCAUCACCUGGGAUGAGGAAAUGUUUGAUGAGGAGCUGGGAGAGGGAGCUCAGGCCAACACCUCGGACCUGAAUGAAGAGCUGGGACAGGUGGAGUAUGUGUUUACUGAUAAGACGGGCACACUGACUGAGAACAACAUGGAGUUUAUUGAAUGCUGCGUCGACGGGAACGUCUACAUCCCGCACGCCAUCUGCAACGGCCAAAUCCUCAGCGCCGCCUCCAGCAUAGACAUGAUUGAUUCCUCACCUGGAGGAUACAGGAGAGAGCACGAGGAUCUGUUUUUCCGGGCGCUGUGUCUGUGCCACACGGUGCAGGUGAAGGAGGAGGAGACGGUGGACGGCAUCAAGAGAGGCAUCCACCAGGGCCGGCCCACCUCCUUCUACAUCUCCUCGUCGCCGGAUGAGGUGGCUUUGGUGGAGGGAAUGAAAAGGCUGGGUUACACCUAUCUGAGGCUGAAAGACAACUACAUGGAGAUCCUCAACAAAGACGACGAGAUCGAAAGGUUCGAGCUGCUCCACGUGCUGAACUUUGACUCCGUCAGGAGGAGGAUGAGCGUCAUCGUCAGGUCGAGCUCAGGAGAAUACCUGCUGUUCUGUAAGGGGGCGGACUCGUCCAUUUUUCCUCGGGUGGUGUCUGGGAAGGUGGAGCAGGUGAAAGCCCGGGUGGAGCAGAACGCUGUAGAGGGGUUGCGGACUCUGUGUGUCGCUUACCGAAGGCUGUCUCAGUCCGAGUACGAGGAGGCGUGUCAUCAGCUGACCGAAGCCAAGCUGGCCCUGCAGGACAGGGAGCAGAGGCUGGCCCAGGCCUAUGACAUCAUCGAGAGGGACUUUGUGCUUUUGGGCGCCACGGCGGUGGAGGACAGGCUCCAGGAGAAAGCUGCCGACACCAUCGAGUCACUGCACAAGGCGGGGAUGAAGGUUUGGGUCCUGACGGGGGACAAGAUGGAGACUGCGGCGGCUACCUGCUACGCCAGCAAGCUGUUCCGUCGCAGCACCCAGAUCCUGGAGCUGACCAAGAAACGCACGGAGGAGCAGAGUCUGCACGACGUCCUGUUCGAACUGAACAGGACUGUUCUCAGACAACGCUCGAUUUCUGGGUUGUCAGUAGACUGCCUCGACUUUGGUCUGAUCAUCGACGGGGCCACUCUGUCUGCGGUGCUAAAGCCGAACCAGGAGCGAGCCAACCCGAGCAACUACAGAGAGAUCUUUCUGGAGAUCUGUCGCAACUGCAGCGCCGUGCUGUGCUGUCGCAUGGCGCCGCUGCAGAAAGCACAGAUUGUGAAGCUAAUUAAAGCUUCCAAAGAACACCCCAUAACUCUGGCCAUCGGUGAUGGAGCCAACGAUGUCAGCAUGAUCUUGGAAGCUCACGUGGGCAUCGGCAUCAUGGGUAAAGAAGGCCGACAGGCGGCGAGGAACAGCGACUACGCCAUCCCGAAGUUCAAACACCUGAAGAAGAUGCUGCUCGUUCACGGCCACUACUAUUACAUCCGAAUCGCUGAGCUCGUUCAGUACUUCUUCUACAAGAACGUGUGCUUCAUCUUCCCUCAGUUCCUGUAUCAGUUCUUCUGUGGGUUCUCCCAGCAGCCUCUGUACGACACCGCCUAUCUGACGUUGUACAACAUCAGCUUCACCUCCCUCCCCAUCCUCCUCUACAGCCUGGUUGAGCAGCACGUCACCAUGGAGACACUCAAGAGGGAGCCCUCGUUGUACAGGGACAUAGCUAAGAACUCCCUCCUCCGCUGGCCUGUCUUCCUGUACUGGACAUGCCUCGGCGUGUUUGACGCCGUUAUCUUCUUCUUUGGUGCCUACUUCCUGUUUGACAACACCACCUUCACCAGCAAUGGCCAGCUUAUGACCACCAACACACAGAUGAUGUUUGGGAACUGGACCUUCGGGACUCUCGUCUUUACUGUGCUGGUGUUCACCGUGACGCUCAAGCUUGCCCUGGACACACACCACUGGACCUGGAUCAAUCACUUUGUCAUCUGGGGGUCACUACUUUUCUACGUUAUUUUCUCUCUUCUCUGGGGAGGCAUUAUUUGGCCCUUCCUGAACUACCAGAGGAUGUACUACGUGUUCAUGCAGAUGCUGUCCAGCGGUCCGGCCUGGCUCAGCAUCAUCUUGCUCAUUACGGUCAGCUUGCUGCCAGAUGUCAUCAAGAAGGUCCUCUGCAGGGCCGUGUGUCCCACAGCCACUGAACGUGCACAGGAUCGUGAGAAGCUGUCGCGGGAUGGCGUGGCCGAGUCGACUCCACCGUCCUCUCGUCGAUCCUAUAAAGGCACGAGCACGGAUUCCUCUCACCUCCACCUCAGCACCGUAGAGAUGCUGUCGCUCCGCGGGUCUGAUCCCCUCCCUCAGAAACUACUGGCCCGCUUGACGGAAGGCGGAGGGGCAGACUUGCGCUCUCUCAGCCCCUACGUGCUCCGACUCUCAGGGGCGGGAUUCGCCUACUACGCUCCGGGGCCGGAGACCUCCGUGUGAACGCGGACGCAGACUCUGAAACUAUGCGUAUGUGAAUCUCGUGGGCUGAAACAUAAACUACAUCCCACAGUGUGUGUGUGUGACCAAGAUCUGCAUCUCAAGGGUCAAGGAUUUGUUAGAGCAAAACACAAACAGGUUCACACACCUCCAUGCUCAGUUCACCAUGUGCAUUUUCUGGGCUACAGCUUGAGUGGACAACCCUUUAGAUAUCACAGCCCCGACGCCUCAUCUUCCACUUUGGUAACAUCUUUGUGUUUCAGUGUAGUCCUUGUCUUAGUCUCAUUAGAGUUCCUACCCAGACUCUUACUUAAAGAACAAAAUGGGGAAUAAGGUGCGAUGUUUCGUGCACUAAGGAACUGUCCUGUCUCAUUUUCAUUCUUGCCUGUUCCUCCACUUUUCGUGUCCGUCUUCUUCUUCUUCUUCUUUUUUGCUUCUUUGUAAAUGUUUGCCAUGUACAGUCUGUGGUCCGGCCAAGUAAAGGGGAGCAGCAGCCGUCGAGCUCGUGCCCUUUAGGUGUGCGUGAGUGUGCAUGUGCGGGAGUUUGUAUGCAUGAAUUUGCCUGUUACUUGUAUGUUUGUAUGUGACACACCUUUGCCUUACAGGUAACCACACAGCAGCAGCAGCAGCAGCAGCAGCAGCAGCAGGCUAGGAGCCAAAGGAGAAAGGUGUUUUUAAAAAAAAGAAUAAGGUGGUGUAUUACAAAGCCUUACACUCACACACACCCAUCAGCUGGAGGAGAGAAUGGGGGGAAUCUGAAGAGGGGAUGUGCAGUAUUCGAGCCACCCUGCCUUAAUUCAUAGAGACCCAUUUUUCAGUGGAGUUUAAACAUAUCUGAGCGGACAGGGGAGGUUCAGCCGGCACAUGUCUGGAACAGUGUGUGUGUGUUUCCUCUUCCUGAGCCCUCGCGGUGUGUGUCGACUCGUUUUUGUAGCAUGUGGACUCUCUCUCUCUCUGCUGCAUGCUGAUCUGUCCUCCUCUCAGAUCCGACUUCUCCGUUCAUCAUCAAACAUAUCACGACACCCUUUUCUCUCUCUGUCCUGACCACGUGAGCACUCUCCAUGUGGCUGUGUCGGGUAACAGCAGCAGCAGGAUGGAGUCUUUGUAUUUCUGGAUGUCCUCGAUGACUUGCUGUUUCCUCCUCACUGUUGCAUCGUGCUCGUGCGUUUGCCGCCACUCUCUGUGUUAUGCAAAAGUCGUAUGUAAGAAUGCUGAUGUCAUGCUGUCACAUAUGUUGCAUUAAUCAAUUUGUUCUCAAACUUAUCAAUGGCGGUCACUGUUGCUGUAUGAAUGUAACUUAAAAACUUUUGAUAUAUACAUGGUAGCGAGGCGUACGUCUGCUGUGAAGCAGGAGGGAGACUUGAAUCGGCGACGUCACAAUCAAACAGAAUGUUGGACUGAUUUGUCCAUCAUGUCCUCCAGCCUGAAGAUUGUAGCUCAUUAUGGACGAACGUCUCUUCUGCAUCUCUAACAUCCGAAGUCCUCUUUUGUCCAAAGCGUAUCUGUCGUGUUGUUGUUGCACAGCAAGUGACUGACUCUGGAAGUCUUGAAUGUCAGAUCCUGAAGCAUUUUUCUAUGUUUAUACAGUUUAUUUUCAUACACCAUCACCAUCUGCCAACAUGUAUAGAUUUAAACGGGCCUUCAGUGUUUCUUGGGGCACAGAUGACUUAUCAAAGUUUGGUUGGAGGUCUGGAUUUCUCUUUCAGUUUUCAUUCAAAGCCCACGAGCCUCCACAAGUGUUUGGGCUCAACGUCCUGACCUCAAGUAGAUUUAAUAAGAAGACAGCCUUGGUGCUUGUUAUGCAGUGUCCCACCUCACUGUGCUGUUGCCAUAAUGUCUCCAGACAUAUUCUAAAUGUCACACACCGAUCCUACCCCAAUAAUACUGUAAGGUCUGUUUUACUUUCAUAAACGGGGUGAACUCUUUGUAGCCGCUCGUUAGCCUUCACAGCUCGAGUCAUCUUUGUGUUGUCUCAUUCUGAAUAUUUCUUUUUGCUACUUUUGUAUCCCAGAGAGAAAACUAUAUUUUAACUCUGUUAGAAUGUAUGUUCAAAAUUUAUAACCAAAACCAGAGAAACAUAUACAUUAUAUUAUUCAUUAGAGAUUUACGGAUAGGUCUACACGCUGCACUUUGUUCCACUGAUCAGUUUGUCCCCCCUAAAGCAAGAGUCGACUGUCCGUCCGUCGACCGGGGUUUCUAAGUGUUCACUCUUCCUCACGAGUUAUUUUUCUAAGAAGAUUGUAGUGGUUGAAAUAAAUAAAAUAUAUUUAAAAAAAAGUGACCAAAUAACUUGGAUGGACUGUCUGUAGCUGUCGACCUCUGUCUCAAAUGGGUUUAUCGCACCAGCCUUUUACUGCUGAUCAGAAUGUCAAACUGCAGAGCAGCAGGUGCUCCUCCGUCAUUCCUGAGCUUGGCAAAGGUCUGAAAUGUCAACUCGUGUGCUCGAGCAGCACACUUCAUAUCAUACCUUCAGUACGGCACUGUUUGUAUUACUAAACAGGUUUUGACUAUUUACUUUUUUUUUUUUUGGAUAUAAAGAUUUUAAAAGUUCACCUGUUGACUUUUUUGCCAGCCUGUCUGUAGCAACUGAGGGCAAAGCACUGUAUUGUCAUUCUGCUUGUAAUAAAGAAAGAAUGAAAACAC